AUGAGGAAUUCCAUUCUAGAGUCCUCUAUGAUGAAACAUUCCAACAUUCGUGACACAUCAGAUUCUGUGACCUUCAGCUAUGUUCCCAAGGUGUGGGCACGUCCUUACACCGAAUACUUUGGUCAGAGAGUGAACCCUGGUUUUAGAGAUAAAGUGGAGUUUAAAUAUGCUGGACUGCAGAACAGCUCCAUAGUUAUUAAUAAUGUAAAUGAGGAAGAUGAAGGAUGCUAUCACUGUUUGUACAGCACUUUCCCUGAUGGAGUUUUCACUGGUUCAACCUGCCUCCAACUCUAUGAGCUGCAUGAACCCGUUCUACAUGUCAGAGAAUCAAACUCUCCUGAAGAGGCAGUUGUAUCCUGCUCGGCCACAGGUCGACCUGCUCCCACAGUAACACUGACUGUCCCUCACUACAACUCUACCAGUGUCACCAACACCAACGCUACAGUCACUGUCACCGCUAUAGCCGUGUUGCCUCGUCUCCAUGGCAACAGCACACAGGUUGGAUGUGCAGUGCGAGUGCUCUCUGGUCCUCAGAUAGAGGUGUUUACCAUGAUUCCUGAGGUCACACUGUCGUCUGCUGAUGAUGCCACUUUGAUCAUUGUGUUGGUCGUGGUGUCCUGUGUUUGUGUUGCUAUCAUUAUUGCCGGCCUGCUUAUUAAAAAACAUUGCAACUGGCUGUCACACAGAGACUGUGAGGAGAACAGGACACCACAAAAAACAACCAAAGACACUGAGCCCAAAACACCUUUACUGAGUCAAGAGAACGAGGUGCGUCAGAAGACGUCUUCUGGGAAAAAGAAAGAAAAUGGCUCCCCAAAAGAAUCAUCUCUGAUAGCAGGGUGUCAGCGACAGCUGUUUUUACCAUCGCCACAAGACUGUUAA